CAGGAUCGAAAUUUUUGAGCGAGCCAUAGUUUGUGGUGAUAAAAUUAAUAAUUUCAAGUAAAUUAAUUGUUGUAAUUGAUAUAACUAGUUAAUAUCAGUAAAAUAAAGUUGUAACAACAUGAAUUAAAUAAAUUUUCACGAUCUUUGCCAAUCAAAUCAACGGACAGCCGACACAAACAACAAACUCAACUUGAAAUAUCCAACACGAGCCAGUAGAGGAAUAGGCGCAGCAACAGCGAUAAUGUUCGCUAAAGAAGGGGCUGAUGUAAUAAUUGUUGGAAGAAAUGAAGAAAAACUCAAAGAAGUCGAAGUGGAAUGUUCUAAAUUUGGUAAGAAACCCCUUGUUAUUACGGCGGAUUUGGCGAAAGAUGAGCAAGUUAAAGGUAUAGUCAAUAAAACUAUAGAUGCAUUCGGAAAACUGGAUAUAUUAAUUAACAAUGCUGGCAUACUAAAGGAAAAUGACAUUAAGUCAGAAGGCUUCAUAGAGACUUUCGACGAAGUGAUGAACACAAACCUAAGAGCUUCUGUAUUGAUAACCAACGUGGCCAUACCACACCUGAUCAAAACAAGAGGCAAUAUCAUUAAUGUUUCUAGUGUCGCUGCAACUUCAACAUCAGUUGUUAAUUCUGUUACGUACAAAGUAUCUAAAGCCGCCCUCAACCAUUUCACUCGCUGCAUAGCCUUAGAACUUGCUCCUCAUGGCAUCCGAGCUAACACAGUGAGCCCUGGCCCUGUGGAAACAGAUAUUUUCGAAACAGCUGGGAUUCCAGAAGCACUACAAAAUUAUGCAGGACAACUUCCCCUUAAGAAAGUCGGCAAGAAAGAAGAAGUGGCAGAUUUGAUCUUGUUUUUGGCCAGCGAGAAAGCGCAAAGUAUAACCGGAGCGAAUUACGUUAUAGAUAAUGGGUGGCUGUUAAACUAAUUAAAUGAAGCUCCAGAUUGUCUUCUUUUUUUUACACGCCUUAUAUUAGCUUCACUUGUAUGUAUGUUUGUAUGUUUGUAACUGACUCCUUUAGACGCGAUUUUGACCCACUUUAAACGGCCAGAUUUCAUUGAAACUUUGAAGAUUUAUGGAGAACCGAUGACAAUACACUAAUUUGAUAAUUAAGUCGUAUUUUUAAUAAAAACACGUUUAUAAUUGACUAUUAAUUAUUUAUAUAUUUUAAUCAAUUUAAAUUAUUAUUUAACAUAUACGAUAAGAAAAAAUUGUAUCCUCGUACUUUCGUAAAAGUUAUAAGAUAUAAUUGAAUUAAAACAGCAACCGUGAACAUUUUGUAUGUACAUAUUAAAAUGAUGAAAUCAG